CGCCCCCUACUGCGCAGGAGUGUGGACCUGGUGCUGGUGCAGUGGGCAAUAGAGGGCGCUCCAAUAUUAUUGCGGUGGGCAUGUCACGAACCCACGUGUGUAGAGGUUUCCUUGAUUGGUGUUUAGUUAGCAUCACAACUGUAAGCUCUCUGUUUGGUGUAUGUUUAAGUCAUGGAUGAAUUAUCUGCCGAACUCAAAACCUUUCUUCGAAUCCAUCCAUGUUUUCAACUGACCGAGGACAGAAAGGUGAAAUGUACUCUGAAUGGUCACGAAUUUCCGUGUAGUGUGACAGAGCUACGAAAAUUUACCCAGGCAAAGAAGUACAAAACUUUGUCUGCUGCUGCGGAAUUCAACUACAGCCAGUAUGAGCCACACAUUGUACCAAGCUCCAAGCAGCCAAACCAGCUCUUCUGUAAGCUGACUUUGAGGCACCUAAAUCGGAAGCCACAUCAUGUCACUAGACAUGUCAGUGGCAAACGAUUCAAGAAGGCUCUUGCAAAAUAUGAGGAGUGCCAGAAACAAGGCAUUGAAUUUGUUCCAGCCAGACUGAAACAAAAAAGACCAAAAGACACUGAGGAGGACUUCAGACAUGGACACUCUUCGAAAUAUGCAAAUGGAAUGUGGGAACCUACCUCCAGUGAAGGGGAGCACUCAGAUUCUGAGGACAGCAUGAGUGACCUUUAUCCAUCGUCCAUGUUUACUUUGAAAAAUACGACUGAACAAAAAGAAGGGGAUUGUGAUGAGGAAGAUGAUUUUAUGACAGAUGAAGAUGAGCAAAUGGAAAACACAGAGAUAUCAAAGCGUAAAAAGGCUCAGAGUACAGGCUUUCAGAAGAAAUUCAGGAAUAACAACUGGAAAGCACCGUGUUCUAAGAAGCAGAAAAAAGUGCCACAUGUAAAAUAAUUCCUACAUCAAUACAGAAUGUUUUUCAAAAUAAGAUGGGGAAAAAGUCCUUAUUAUACCAGUACAAAUUUUCAGGUUCUUGCUCAAAGACUGAACAUUUAAUGCAGUAAUUCAGUCUUGAGUCUCUUUUUUUUUUAAAUCUUGUAACAUGUAUUUAUUGCACCUAUUUUCAUAUGCACACGAACUCAUGAUCAUUAAGGGCAAGAUCCCAGAUGACAAGAGACAAAAAUUAGUUUCUCCCACAGGUGCUCCCUAGGGUGUGAAGAGCCACUUCCGUUCCUCCACAUUGUGAAGCAAUUGUGGCUAUAUGAAAAAAUAAACCUUAAUUUGCUUAGAGCAGAGAAGUCCAAACUAUGGCCUUGGGUCAAAUGAAGCCCUCAGACUUUUUUUUUUUUAUUGGCCCUCAGUCCUCCUAAACUGGCCCAGUUGAUCAUAGGCAGUACUUUUUAUAUCAGAUGUUAGUAAUUCUACCGCUUUAACAUCAGCAUCACAUUGUGAUUCAGACUUUUAUUGUUGUUCCAACCCAUGUUAAAGAUAUGGCGACCAUCUGAAUGAAUAUGUGGCUCUUGGUGACUAAAGUUGGGGCACCCCUGGCGCAAGGGAGUUGUUCAACUAUCAUGUAGGGCCUAGGCUAUAUGGCGUUAAAAGGAUUGCUAGAAGUGUAAUAAUUUGGUUAUUUGCUAUAAAAAAAACAAAUAAACUUGUGAAUGUCUAAUUUAA